AUGGCUACCGCUUCCCCAGACUCGGUGGCCUGCCUAGAACAGGUCGAAGGGUCUAGCUUGCAGCAGUGGCAGGAGCAAGGGGAGCAUAACAGAAGGUCCACUCCUGCCGGUGCCACGUUUGCUAGCUCUGCUAAAUCGGAGGAAGAGCAUGAGCAUCGGCAGCAGCAACACAAGUCCGAAACGAGUGGAGAAGACCCCAGAUUGCAAGGUGUAAACGGUUGGAGCACAAGGACAAAGCACCAGUUACAACGGGGAGCUGAAGCAGGAGGCUCUGAUGCAGUAACACCAGACAGGGCGGACGAUACGGUACCGCCCAAGUUGGCCCUAGCGCGGCUGUCUGAUGGCCUCCCUUCCCUUGCAGCAUUUUUAGCUGAAGAAGCGAACUUAGGAGCGGCGGAGUCUCUAGAGUCGCCAUCUACGUCUAGUAAUGCGAGGCAAGGGAAAGCACGAGAGGCGUUAGAAGCAGCAGUGGCUCUAUCGUCUGCCGCAGCAGCAGCAGCCACUGUCUCCGCUACUGCAGCAGAAGGCGCGGCAGCAACAGACACAGCGUCAGCCUUGGCAGUAGGGGCAGGCUCAGAGUCGUCUGCUGCAGCAGUAUCUGCGGAACAAGAGGGUGAGGAAGCAGCUAUUGCUACAGCAGCCGCGGCCGAUGAUGCUGGAGGUGAGGUAGGAGCUGCAGUUACGCCACGGCGCCGUCAGCGUGUGGUGGGUCCAGAGCUCUAUUUGCGGUGGCAGAUGCUUGCGAAACGCGUGGAAAGAGUGAAGGGUGUAUGCUACAGCAGUACUCGCCACGAGUGGAUAGCUGUGGGGCCGGUGCAGCAUGGCAGCAGCGGAAGGAAAAAAAAUGUGUAUUUCUCCGUGCCACGUUAUGGGUUUUCGGAGGCAAGGCAACUGGCGGUAGAGUGCAGGAGAAGACAGGAAGAGAUCUUGGCAGGAGGCGGAGACAAAGCCGUUGACGCUGCCGCCAUUGCUGCAGAGCUCACGGAGAAGUACAGACAGAGGGCAGGGGCUGCUGCAGCUGCCGCUGCGGCUGCUGGCCAGCCUCUACGUGAUGGGGAUGACAGCGACGAGCUCGAGAGACUUGGCCUGACAUUAAUGGAUGAAACGGACGAAGGCAGCAAAACAGACGCAGACGAAACAGCGGCUGCAGCGGAUACCGAUAGCAGCAGGGGCGCUGCAGCUGCAGGCGCAAGUGGCGAAGCACAGCAAGCUGGAACAACAUCUGGGGGCAGACCCUACGAGCUACGGAAGAGGAGGCCGCCUACAACUCACCUCACAGAUGACGAAGCUACGGAUGGGGCAUUCAGGAAAACGCACGCCCGAACUCAACAGCAUCCGCAGCAGCAGAACAAUCCCAGGAAGAGAGGGCGGCCCCCAAGGUCGCGAACUGGUGCUCCUUUGGGCGAACUACCUGUCUUCGGAAGCUCAUUUGCUCAUGAUUCUCAGCAGAAGCUGGUGCAGCAGCAGCCGCGAGGAGGAGUGGAGCUUCCCCGUAGAGUUGCAGCGGCGGGUAGCAAUACGGGCAGCACCAGCCAGAAUUUUGGGACCGCCAGCAGUGGCAGCAGUAGCAGCAGCAGCAGCAACAGUAUUAAUAUGCGUUUGUUAAGCGAGGCAUUAGGAAUGGUGCUUCAGGACCUGUUGCGUCUCUGCUCCUCCCCUUCAGCUCUUAUUGCUGCCGGCGUUCCACGAGACGCAGUGGAUUUGUGUGCCCUCAGUUGCCGCUGUAUCGAAGCUAGUCAACGUCGAGUGCGCGCCGCCACAUCUCCUCAGGAGUUGGAAGAGUUCGUUUCGUUAUUCAGAGAUUGCAUUAUUCAGCACAGGCUGCCCAGCAGCAGAAGGCCUGAGCAGAUUCUUUUGUACGUAGAGGCGCUUGCCCGGAAAGAAAGCGCUGCGGCCGCUGCUGCGGCUGCAGCUGCAGCGGCUGCUGCCGCUUCAGGGGGAGGUGGAACCAGUGGAACGGCGACAGCAGCUGUAGCUGCUGCUGCAGCGGCUACGGCUGGCGGUCUGAGGGCCUCGCAGCUCCAGCAGCAACACCAGCAGCUGCUGCUGAUGCAGCCGAAAGGGAUGAAAAGGGACACGUCACCUGUGAGGCCCCUUAAGUCCCUUCCCCCGAUGCAUUCACAGCAGCAACAGCAGCAGCAGCGGCUGCAGCAGUUGCAGCUGCUUUCCCUGCUGCAACAACAGCAGCAGCAACAAGAAGGGUCGAGGAGAACGGCAAUAGAAGCUUUGCCAUCUCCGCCAAAGGAUGCAAUUCUCAGGAAGUACGUAACGUUCGAGGCGUGGCGACGAUCCUGCGUGGCUGCAUUGAAUCGCGCUGAGAGCUUCGGCGAUUUACGCAGACUGCCGCAGCUCAGAGAUGCCAUUGUGUACAUAUUGGGUGCUGACUAG